AUGCAAUCAAACACAUUUCCAAGACCUAUCUUGAGGGAGGCGACUACGUUGCAGCUGCUGCCAAAGCAGCCGGUGAGCUCUAUGGCUAUGGCCACUCUGAUGUGCUGUUCAAGCCAACCAAGGCAGCUGAAGCACAGUUUCGACCCACAGCCUCAGAUGCCAUGUCCUACUUUGUUGGGCACAAGGCGGUCGAGAAUGGGUUAUCUUGAGGAUGCUGGCUUCGCCAUCAACGGUGGAAAGGGAUGGUCAAAUGUGGUUUUUGACAACCACAAAAUUCAUGUCAGCGGCAAUGUUGCCAUUGCCAUGGGCAACUACUUCUUCACCAGCGCUGCAGAUGGAAGCAAGACCAAAGUUGAGUACACUUUCGGCUACAAGAAGAAUGCGGACGGCAAGGUGCGCAUCUUCCUCCACCACUCCUCAGUGCCAUACAGCGUGCCUGCAGCCACUGCAUCUGGAGCGAUUACUGAAGAGGAAGUAAAGAGUGUGCAGGCAGCAUGGGCCAAUGCCAUCAGGAGUAUCUCCAAGACUUAUCUUGACGGAGGCGACUACGUUGCAGCUGCUGCCAAAGCAGCCGGUGAGCUCUAUGGCUAUGGACACACAAAUGUGCUGUUCAAGCCAACCAAGGCAGCUGAAGCACAGUUUCGACCCACAGCCUCAGAUGCCAUGUCCUACUUUGUUGGGCACAGAGCGGUCGAGAAGGGUUAUCUUGAGGAUGCUGGCUUCGCCAUCAACGGUGGGAAGGGAUGGUCGAACGUGGUUUUUGACAACCACCAAAUUGAUGUCACUGGCAAUGUUGCCAUUGCCAUGGGCAACUACUUCUUCACCAGCGCUGCAGAUGGAAGCAAGACCAAAGUUGAGUACACUUUCGGCUACAAGAAGAAUGCGGACGGCAAGGUGUGCAUCUUCCUCCACCACUCCUCAGUGCCAUACAGCGUGCCUGCAGCCACUGCAUCUGGAGCGAUUACUGAAGAGGAAGUAAAGAGUGUGCAGGCAGCAUGGGCCAAUGCCAUCAAGAGUAUCUCCAAGACUUAUCUUGAGGGAGGCGACUAUGUUGCAGCUGCUGCCAAAGCAGCCGGUGAGCUCUAUGGCUAUGGACACACAAAUGUGCUGUUCAAGCCAACCAAGGCAGCUGAAGCACAGUUUCGACCCACAGCCUCAGAUGCCAUGUCGUACUUUGUUGGACACAGAGCGGUCGAGAAGGGUUAUCUCGAGGAUGCUGGCUUCGCCAUCAACGGUGGGAAGGGAUGGUCAAAUGUGGUUUUUGACAACCACCAAAUUGAUGUCACUGGCAAUGUUGCCAUUGCCAUGGGCAACUACUUCUUCACCAGCGCUGCGUACACUUUCGGCUACAAGAAGAAUGCGGACGGCAAGGUGCGCAUCUUCCUCCACCACUCCUCAGUGCCAUACAGCGUGCCUGCAGCCACCAAAGUGCAGUCCCCAAGCUUGGUGACAACUUUGCAGCCAACAUUGGUUGGAGCAUAGAUUUGAUCUCUGAGAGGCCUGCUUUGGUCACAUCUUUAGUUUUUUUCGAUGCUGACGGUGACUUGAAACAGUUGCCUGGUCUGGUGCUUUGCAAAAGUUUUAUUGCACUUUUCUGCACGUUUGAGGCUUUUUAGGUUUGUCCUUUGUCCAGCUUUUGCCUCAAACAUUUUUGUGCAGUAUCAGUAUCAAAUUGAUUUGUACACAUGAUAUAGAUUUAAUGAUUGAAUUUUUAGCCGGACCUAGGAGCCGGCUGCGGGGAUGAAAAAUCCCCACCAGAGGAGAUAUCUUUCGAAGUUUUGGGAAGGGCCAAUGGGCUGCCGAAGGCCUAAGCUCUUCAACCAAGCAGCCAGUACAUAGCUGUGCUUUGCUUGGAGACCCUUGCAGCUUUUCGCAAUCGCCCGCCUC